CUUCCUCCGUCUGCCUUGUCUGCUCAGGGCGAUCCUCAGCUUAUUGUGUGUUUUUUUUUUCUUCUUCUGCCCACACUUGAACUGAAAUGUGAAAUCUGAGGCAGCUCAGGACAAGUCUGCCGUCUUCACCUGGUACCGUAGCAGCUUUUAUACCGAGGAUGCGUGAGGACAUGUCCACCAUGGUGUGCGUGAAGGAGGAGGAGGACCCUGGGGAGAAACUGUCCCAGGAUGAGAUCAUCUCCCGGACCAAGCAGGUGAUCCAGGGGCUGGAGGCCCUGAAGCAGGAGCACCACUCCAUCCUGGAAGGCCUGCUGGGUACGCUGCGAUGCCUGAAGCAGGACGAGGAGGGCGUCCUGGUGGAGGAGAAGUCCCACAUGAUCCGCAAGUCCCUGGAGAUGCUGGAGCUCGGGCUGAGCGAGGCACAGGUGAUGAUGGCGCUGUCGAGUCACCUGAGCUCGGUGGAGUCGGAGAAGCAGAAGCUGCGAGCUCAGGUGCGUCGGCUCUGCCAGGAGAACCAGUGGCUGAGGGACGAGCUGGCCGGGACGCAGCAGAAACUGCAGAAGAGCGAGCAGAGCGUGGCCCAGCUGGAGGAGGAGAAGAAGCACCUGGAGUUCAUGAACCAGCUGAAGAAGUAUGACGAGGACCUGUCCCCAUCUGAGGAGAAGGACUCCGAGUCCAGUAAAGAGACUCUGGACGAUCUUUUCCCGGAUGACCAGGAUGACCAAGCCCCAGGCAUCCAGCCGGCUCACGGCAGCGCUGCAGCAGCUGCUGCCCAGCAGGGCGGCUACGAGAUCCCGGCCCGUCUGAGGACCCUCCACAACCUGGUGAUCCAGUACGCCUCCCAGGGCAGGUAUGAGGUGGCUGUGCCUCUCUGCAAACAGGCCCUGGAGGACCUGGAGAAGACAUCUGGACACGACCACCCAGAUGUGGCCACCAUGCUCAAUAUCCUAGCCCUGGUUUACAGGGAUCAGAACAAAUACAAGGAGGCAGCCAACCUGCUGAAUGACGCUCUGGCUAUCAGGGAGAAGACUCUGGGCAGAGACCACCCAGCUGUGGCUGCCACCCUCAAUAACCUGGCUGUCCUGUACGGGAAGAGAGGGAAGUACAAGGAAGCAGAGCCGCUGUGCAAGAGAGCGCUGGAGAUCAGAGAAAAGGUGCUGGGGAAGGACCACCCAGAUGUGGCCAAGCAGCUGAACAACCUGGCCCUGCUGUGUCAGAACCAGGGCAAGUACGAGGAGGUGGAGUACUACUACAUGAGAGCGCUGGAGAUCUACCAGACCAAACUGGGCCCCGACGACCCCAACGUGGCCAAGACCAAGAACAACCUGGCGUCCUGUUACCUGAAGCAGGGCAAGUUCAAGCAGGCCGAGACUCUCUAUAAAGAAAUCCUCACUCGCGCUCAUGAGAGGGAGUUUGGCUCCGUUGACGAUGAGAACAAACCAAUCUGGAUGCACGCUGAGGAGCGAGAGGAACAAAGCAAGGGGAAGCAGAAGGACGGCUCACCCUUUGGAGAAUAUGGCGGCUGGUACAAAGCCUGUAAAGUCGACAGCCCCACAGUGACCACCACCCUGAAGAACCUGGGCGCCCUCUACAGGCGGCAGGGCAAGUUCGAGGCGGCGGAGACUCUGGAGGAAGCUGCCAUGCGUUCCAGAAAGCAGGGUCUGGACAAUGUGCACAAGCAGCGCGUGGCUGAGGUCCUGAGCGAGCCGGAGCCCGCUGAGAAGCAGCGGAGCCGCGAGAGCCUGACCUCCGACACGGUGAAGUACGAGAGCGGGCCGGACGGUGGCGAGGAAGUGAGUAUGAGCGUGGAGUGGAACGGGGACGGCUCCGGCUCUUUGAAGAGAAGCGGCUCCUUCAGUAAACUCCGAGCGUCGAUCCGUCGCAGCAGCGAGAAACUCGUCCGCAAGCUGAAAGGCGGCGGCUCGUCACGAGACACUGAACCCAAAAACCCCGGCAUGAAGCGAGCCAGCUCUCUGGGGGUUCUUAACGUGGCGGACAAGGCUGCGAGUGACCACUACCAAGAACGAAAUAAUCGUCUGAGAAAAAGUCGGGACCUGAGUGCCAGCCACACCGACCUGGCGCGUUGAAGGUUUUUUUUUUCUGACCCCGAAGAGACGCUGAGAGGUCACAGAGGUCACGGGAGUCGACUUCCUGUCCCACUUCCUCCUCGCUGUAAAUAGCUGUUUGUGAAAGCUUCGUAUCUCCCAUGUCACACUUCAGCGUCACACCACCAAGUGCUCACUGUACAGGUUUUAAUCUCUCAUUGCACUUUUAAAGGUUUGUGCUCUCAGACGGGGAUUUGUGGUGGUUUUGUUGGGUUUUUUGUAUCAGUACAUAUCGAGAAACAGGAGGAAAAUGAACGUACGGUGGCCUGUAUGUGUUUGAUUUGAGUGUGUAAAUCUGUUCUGUCUCAUUGUAUGUGCGUAUACUGUAUGUGAGCGUGUGCUGGUGUGACUGAUCGCUCGCUCAGAUCAGUCCUUUAAAUAUUUUAGGCUAUCGCUUGAGUGAAGGCAGAGUUUAAGUUUCAGAAACGUUUCUGAUGUCGAGGCAAAAAACCAAAAGUCACUGGUCCAGUUAAACUGUAGAGGGUGAAGCCAAAGAAGUACAGUUAAGACUGAUUAACAUCUCUCUGUAGUAAUUAUGACUGUGUAAUAAUAACAUAAGAUGCAAAUGGACAACAUAAGGUACAGAAACAAAAACAAGUACAAAACAGUGCAGAAUCUGAACACAACAGUGCAAGAAAACAGGAUGAAACAGUACAAAACACAGAACAGUGUAAAAAAUGGAACAAUUUAGUGCAAAAGUCAGUUAAAAAUGAUGCAAAGAGUAAGUGCAGGAGUGCAGAAUGUAAACAGGUUGUGGUUUGAUGUUGUCGCCACAGAUUUCUGUGAGCAGACAUUAUAUAACUGUUAGAGUAUGUUUGAUCAUUUUAAUCGUUUUUUGAAGGUAUCAUUUGUUCAAAAUGGAAGAAAAGGAGAAAUUAAAGAUGCAAACAUGUUAUAUUCCAUUGUUGAAAAAAUAAGUAACAUUCGAUCAAGAGUUCGUUAAAGUUCACCAACUUUCUCUUGAUGAAACUGGCUUCACUUUAAGUCCAGUGACUGAUCAGUUCUGCCUCUCAGAAAACGUUUUAAUAACUUAAACCAUCUGCUCUUUGCAGAACUUGUCCAGCAAUGACGUCUUUUUGUAGGCCGACCCGGACGUUAGCUUAGCUCUGCGUUCACUCUGCAGGUUUCCAAUGGAACUUCUGAACUGGUGUUUUUUAUUUCAGUGUAGAAAAAGAGCUUUAGGACUAAACAGAAGAAGAGUCAACAAACAUCUGACAAUAUUUGAAGCAGAAAAACUCCUUUAAGUGUUAAACCUGCAGAGAGAACCCACAUCUCAGUCGCCUCUUGGUUUUAGGACCUUUCUCCUAAAACUCUCCGUCCUGUGUUGAUUGAAAACUUUUUGCUUUUGAUGUAUGAAGUUCUAUGUUUACAUUUGGGGUUUUGUAAAUGAUGUUUUCUUAGUUUCUUGUCCUGUAAAAGCCUCGAGAACAGCAGCACAAAGAGGCAGGAUCAUUGGGUUUAUUGGCACGUGAAGGCCGGCCGACACACACUCAGGACCGAAGGCUGUAGUUUCACACACUGACUGAUCACAACACACACUCACACACAACUCCAGGUUUGUUUAUACAAAACAACACUUUACCAUGUGAGUAAAGUUGAACAAAUCCAACCAAAAAAAAAAAGCAAAUUAUGAAUUAUUUAAAGAAAGUUAUGCAAAAAUUAUUCCUGAGAAGAUUUAAGUUGUAGAUGUAAAAUAUAUAUAUUCGCUGUUACCAAAAUAAGAGGCGCUGCUCCUCCUAUAGUUAGAUAUAGUUUAAUGAAUAUAUACACACGACUGUGCAACAGUGAUUCACUUUGAUUCAUUAGAUCCAAAGUGUUUUUUAAUUUAAAACUGGAAUUUAAUGUAAAGACGAAAACGUGCGUCCACACUCUGAAGCUGAAAAAGUUUAUUCUGCAUCACAGGAAUCAGACAACAAACGAAAAUCCUGAUCAGAAAUUGUCCGAGUUCAGUUUCUACAUCGGUCAAAAUAAUAUAUUCAGACAGAAAAGUGUGACUGACGUCGCUCCAACAUUUAAGCUUUUGUUAAAGUUCACUCUGAGAAAGGAGGUAACAUAACAAACUUGAAUUACAGUUUGAAAAAACUUAAUUUACAGCAUUAAUCUGAAUUGAAGAUGAAGCAUCACUGAUUCUGGUUCAGUGAAAUAUUUUAUCAGGAGUUUAAAACCAGGUUUAAAGCUUUGGGUUGAAUUUUUAUUUCUUUUACAGUCAGAUAUCACCGGUGUUUCAACACAGGCUGAAACGGUCGAUAUGCAGAUGAGAUCAGGCGACGACCUUUGUGCUUAAAGUGACAGAAAGCUUAAAUAUUUCAGAUAAAACAGCCUGAGUUCAUUUAUUCAAGGAAUUUAUUUUACAUUUAGAAAAAUCAAGUUUUUACAAAAAGAAGAAGAAUCCAAAGUUCCAAAACGUUAAACGUCGUCUAAACUUUUAAAUCAGGAACGACCUGAUCCUGAACACCCGAUCGUUUUGAUUCUCAGGUUCAGGAUUAUUUUUAAACCGUCGUCAGACUGAAUCGUUUGUUGUUGUUGUUGUUUUUCCUGCAGGAGUUUAGUUCUCUGCAAUAAUCUUUGAUUUGAUUCUGAAAAUCUCUUCACACGUCACUGAUUUUAAAUCUGAUUAUCAAUUAAUUAAUCAACAUCUGAAGCUGAGCAGAGAGUUGAUGAAACUGUUCAUCCGCCAUUUUUCUUCUUGAAUCAUCAUCAGUCGUUUUUCCUUCUGUGCCUGAAAUAAUUUAGUCAUAGUGAUUUUUUUAAAUCUCGUUUUUGAGUUAAUUUUCUUUAUAAAGAUGAUUUUAUUGACGCUGUUACAGAGUCGAAGCUUCGUGUCGACUGUUGAUCAGUCUGCUCAUCAAACCUGCUUCCUGCUGUUUUUCCUCUUUGUUGUCUUAAUGUAGAAGCUCCACAAAGUAACGAGGCACAUAACCUAACAAUGUCUGAUGGUUCUGAUGAAGCAGGGCGACAGUUUGAGCAACGCAGACGGGCAACAUCCUCAGCAACAGGCAACAGAGAGAUAAUCAGAGUUAAUUUAAGGUAAAGAUGAAUAUUAGAAGAAAUAUUAGAAUUAUUAUAAACACAACAAACAAGAGUCCUCACAGCAUAAAUAACAUUUAAUUUAUUAUUUAACUUAUGAACAAAACAUAGAAAAUGCAACUUAUCAGAGUAAAAUAUUUUGUAAUGUUUUUAUGAUGCUUUAAACCGUGUUUUCACAUUUUAAUUUGCUCUGAUUAGAACUUGAAGAGGUUAACAUCGUGCUGCUGAAGUAUUCGUCUCAUGUAACUUGUGUCUGAGUUUAUCAUCAGACAUUGUUGCCCAAACUGUUGCCCUGUGCAUCACAGCUGCAGAGAUCUGAAGCUCGUGUAGAGGAACUCUCCUCUCACAGGACUGGAAAUCUUAAAAUCCGUCCUGAAACUUUUUGACUUCUCACCAGUUUUUAACAAACAGAACGAUCUCUCUCUCUCUGAGUGUCGAUGACGUGAAUGUAAACUUUGUGAUUUAAGAAAGUGCAGAACAGCUGCCGUUGACUGUAUGUGUGUUCCUUGUUAAAGCAGUGAAGGUUUCUGUCUUUUUGUUGUCAUUUUUUAUUUUUUACUGAGUGUAAUUUCUCCUCCUCCCCCUCGGCUGUGGACCAUGUUGAUGUGUGGAGCGGUGAUGAGGACGGAAGUAAAUUCUCAGGUGGUUUUAUAUCCGAGGGUACGGGGGGAAAAUAAAAGAAUAUUGAUAGAACUUCACCCUUGUAACAGAAGCCGAAUCUUUAUUUAUCAGAUGCCUUGUUGCCGUGGCAACACACUGGAUGCUGCACCCUCCUCACAUACCGCUCCACGACCGCUCAGAGGCUCCGAAGUAGUUCUUUUUCUUUUGUGUAAUCUGAAAUUAUUCAAACUUGUCCCUCCAUUGUUAACUAUGAAACGAAGCCCGUCCUCUGUGUAGACAGUAAAUACAUGUUCCUGGAUGAGACUGGUAUUUGUGACACUAACUGCUGCUCUUCAUCUUCUUCUUCUCCUGUGCUGAUAAUCCUCACACAGGUUAACACUCCUCUGAUGUUAGAGAGUAACGUGGUGUAUCAGAGCGUCAGGACACAGAGCAGAAAACUUUUUGUUCACUCUCUAAAUGCACUGAGAUUGUGAGGAAGUUUGUCUCCAAAUUGAUUCUUUACCACAGCCCCUUUUGUUUUUCUACAUGAGCAGUGGUGAUGUUUGUUCUGCAAAUUAUUGUACAUCUUAACUGUAUUUGAAGAAUAAAAUGGUUAAAUUCA